AUGUCUGCCGUAGCUUCAGCCCAGUUACCGUCGAACUUUUCCGUCUUGGAUGGAAUUGAGUCGCAAUCAAAAGUUUCACUGAACGCACAAAACCCUACCACGACACAACCCUCCACCGCGGUGAAAUCCAACAAGACGAGCAUCCAUGUAACUGCCUUGGAUGGUAUAGUAAACGUAAACUCGCUCUUCACCAUGGCAAUCUUCAUCGGCUUCUCCCUAACGGUGCCUGCAGCCGGCAGUGCUGGGCAUCCAGCAUCAUGCAACGCCAGUGUCGAUACAGUCAGGAAACUUAUUGUUUUCGAAGUAGUUUCCUUCAGUUUCUUUCUAUUCUCCUCCCUCAUAGCUCAAAGUAUAAAGCUGUCGAUCAACCUAUUGAACAGUUUAGAUGCAGCUGACCCUCAUAAAGCUGAUAUUAACUCUUCAGUUCUGAAAUAUGGGUUGUUUGGAUCCGCAAUUGGAUCCAUCAUGGGAUGCAUGUUCUUGAUGCUUUCAAUUGUGAACUUUAUUCAGGUGAAAUUAGGUGUGUUUUCUUGUGGAGAUGAACCAGUAUACGCCGUUGUGACACUUGUUGUAUUCGUGGGUUCGGCUCUACUGGUUUAUAUAAUUACUUCCAUUUAUGCUGCAUUCUUUAUGUAA